CCUCCCCCUCCCUCCUCCUCCUCCUCUCGGCCUGGACUAGGCGAGUGCCGGGACGGCGGGCGGGCGCGCGCGCGCUCUGGGGCAAGGCGAGCGGAUCCCGGCAAGUGGACCCUCCUCUGGCUGCCGGCGGGGGUGCUGAGCCAUGGACAGUGACGAGGAGACGCUGGAGGAAACCAUCGAGGGAGAACUUGAUGAAGAUGGGAUGCCACAUGGUUUCUGUGUAGUCACAUAUUCAUCCACAGACCGAUUUGAGGGAAAUUUUGUACACGGAGAAAAGAAUGGCUGUGGAAAGUUUUUCUUCUUUGAUGGAAGCACACUAGAAGGUUAUUAUGUUGAUGAUGGUCUGCAAGGCCAGGGAGUAUACACUUACGAAGAUGGAGGAGCUCUUCAUGGCACUUACGUGGAUGGUGAAUUGAAUGGACCAGCUCAAGAAUAUGAUGCUGAUGGGAGACUGAUAUUCAAAGGACAAUACAAAGAUAAUAUUCGACAUGGAGUUUGUUGGAUAUACUAUCCAGAUGGUGGGCAUCUGGUUGGAGAAGUUAAUGAAGAAGGAGAGAUGACUGGAGGGAAAAUCGCCUAUGUAUAUCCUGAUGGGAAGAUGGCAUAUUAUGGACAGUUUAUAGAUGGUGAAAUGUUAGAAGCAAAGUUGGCAACCCUUGUAUCCAUAGAAGAGGGAAAGCCACAAUUCGAAGUGUUGACAGGCAGCCCAGUGUACAGUUUUGAUAAAUCUACUUCAUCCUGCAUUUCUACAAAUGCACUUCUUCCUGAUCCUUAUGAAUCAGAGAGGGUAUAUGUAGACACAUCUCUCAUUUCUGGUGCUGGAGAAGGUUUGUUUACUAAAAUAGCUGCUGAAGCUGGCACAAUUAUGUCCUUUUAUAAUGGCAUUCGGAUUACUCAUCAGGAGGUAGACAGCAGGGACUGGUCUUUGAAUGGAAACACAAUAUCGCUUGAUGAUGAAACAGUCAUAGAUGUGCCAGAACCCUAUAACCAUGCAGCCAAAUACUCUGCCUCUUUGGGGCACAAAGCAAAUCACUCUUUCACACCAAACUGUGUUUAUGAGACGUUUGUUCAUCCUCGCUUUGGGCUGAUUAAAUGUAUUCGCACUACUAGGGCUGUGGAGAAGGAUGAAGAGUUAACAGUGGCUUAUGGAUAUGACCACAAUUCCACUGGGCAGAACGGACCAGAAGCACCAGAAUGGUACCUGGCACAACUGAAAGCCUUUGAGGCUUCCCAGAAAAAGUGAAAUGCAAGCAGCUUCUCAAUUCAGAAAAAUGGAUCUAUGCACUACCCUUGUUACUGGAAUCAGGACAGUCAGGGAUUGUUUAUACUGAUGUCCUGGAACCCAUCAUUCUGGGUCUGAAAAGUGUGGUUUUGGGUUUUUGUUGAAUAUUAACAAGAUUUAAUCAUUACCUUAGAACACCUAUUAAAUCUUUAGCUAGUGUUGUGAAAUAAUUAUUUAAUAUGCCAUAGAAGCGGUGUGAUGUAUUUGGCAACCAUUCUGUAUUAUAUGCAAAGUUGUCAACAUCUGGCAGAAGGGUAUAAAAAGAUUGGGGUUUUACUUUUAGCAGUCUAGUUGUUUCUGGGCAACUGCAUUUUGUAUACAUGCCAUUUUGUGAUGGUAAUAGAACUGUGCUGUUUUUUAUAUUCUAGAGAAGUAGCAUAAUUUUUGCUCUUAAAACCUUUGAGGAUAUUGCUUUAGAACUGUUUCUAUGUCAGUGCCCAGGAGGCUGGUCUUUGUAGCUCUUCUCUCAAUCUCUCCUUCUCUCAAUCAAACUCUCUCUCUCUCUGCACAAAGGCUUAAACAAUAAUGUUAUAUGUAGGUUUUUAUGGCUCUAUGUACAAAUGAAUUUUAGAAAUGUGCCUAAGAGAAACAGACUUUAAUUAUGGUAAGAGUACUUGAAUAAUUUCUAGUUGUGGUGUGCAUGUGUUUACAAAUGAACCUGAAAAGAAGAGAGGCUAAUUAUAAUAGGUGUGGAAACAAAUGAUUUAACUGUAUCAAGAGAUUUUGUGCUUGUGAAUCCAUCUUCUGCCUUUCACUUUGCUGCUUCUAUAUGGUAGAAUCCUGAGAUUCUGAGGAAGUGUAUUAUUCAUAGGCAGAGUUGUUUGACAGCAAUCGUAAAACUACAGGAGGAGUUGUAUAUUGGAGCCCUGUUUAGUAUACGGGAUAGAGCAUAAGAAUGGAGGAAAAUGAAGAGUAUGUUGAAAGAUUUAAAGCAAAAACUGAAUUUCAGUGAUGAAGCUAAUUGCACAUAUGUCAUAUAGUUUUAAGGGGAUUAUAAAAUACAUCCUACAAUUCUUAGGCAAGUGUUUAUUUGUGAUCACUGAUAUCAUUAUAGAAAGCAAGAGUUUUCAAGGAUUUGCAGAUUAGGUAUAAUGUUGGGAUUUGGUUUUUUGAGUAUAUUGGAUUGUACUGUCAGUUUUUCCCACUGAAAGAAACUUUGGCAUAUAUUCUUUAUCUACAGUUGAAUAUCCAGUUGUAGAGAGAAUAGGAAAUGGGUAGAACCACAAAAGGGACACAGGAGUUCAAAAUGGUACUAAAAAGCUUUACUAGAAAAACUCAGCAAAUUGAAUUCUUGAGCUCCAAAAAAGAUUUCCACAAAACAGGUUGAACAGCUUACAAUCUUAUUAAUGAUCUCUAUAUUUUUCAGUACCACUUUGAGGUUCACUGCUCUCUUUCUUUUCUGCUUAUUUACCAUUAUUUUAGCAGAUCAACCCUGAAAAGACAUUACUAUCUUUCAGGUUCUUUGUUAAGUAGAAAAUGCAUAAGGAUGAACAAAAAGAAAAAUGGAGAUGGUUUAGUAUUGGAGAAUUACAGAGAAUGCUUUAUUAAUUGUCCACUUUAUUUCAAAUGCAAGCCUUUUCUGGAAGAUGAUUAGGCUUGCACAGUAAAUGAACUUAGAAAAAAAGUUAUUUUAAAUGCCUGCCUAAGAUUUCAAUGGCAAAAGAACAGUGAAUGGGAGCUUUGUCAAUUUUCCAACUUUUCACAUUCACACGACUGUUCGGCAUAUUCAAGCAUGGCAAAGAGCCUACACAGAUGAGAUUUGAUUCAUUCAGCCAAGCUUUCUGAGGCUCACUUAUGGAACUGAACAGACAAAGGCUGACAUUCUAAUGCUGCUUCACUAAACUGGUAUAAAACAAAGAGGAAAAGUGGCGUGCAGCAUCUUACCAAUGAGCAUUUAAGUACAAUGUCAUGUUAGUUUAUGAACAAGUUUACAGAUAAAUACUACUGAUUUUGAUGGACCACUCUUUGUUUAUGGGUUCAAAUGAAAUUAAUCAGUAGUCAGACACGUACUUCAAAUAUCUAUGUUCGGUUUGCCCAAUUGGGGUUCCUUUUGAAGUGGCACCUUGAAUUUUAAGUCUGCAGUCCUAAACAGAUUUAUUAGGCAGGAAGGCCCAUUUAAUAGAUUGGGAAUUAUGUCUUCAAAACCAUGCUUAGGCACAUACUCUAUGUGUAAUAGUUGCUGUUUGUGUAUUUACUGGCAUCACUGUCAGGAGGGAGGAAUAAUGGAUUAAUUCCUCCUGGUUAGAAUAAUAUGCCCUUACUGUUUUUCUGUUCUAGAAGUGGAAGUGUAUAAAACCCCCCAAACUCCUAUGUACUUUGUGUUACUAUAGUGCACUCUAUGGUCCAUUGAGGCAGGGAUGUGUCCCCAGGCAGAUUGUUUCCUUCCUUCCGUCCAUCCAUCCUUCCUUCCUUGUUUUUUCCUCUUUGCAAUAUCUAGUGUCUCUUGUAAUCUUUUUCAUUUCUUCUGUUGCCUUUCUAAGACUGGUAGCUAUUUAGGUGAAUGGUAACACUCAGCUGGUUUAAAAGGGGGAGGUCCUAGGAAAUGUGUUUUUCGAGCUGGAAUAUGGGCAAAAUAAUCUAUAUUGUGUCUUUUGAGCUUUGUCUUCAGAUCAGGAAUGGUCUGGUUGAGAGAGUUCUAUUAGCUGAAACUUUUGUGCCAAAACUUGAAAAGUCUUUAAGAGAAAAGCUGGGGCUUCUUGGAAAACUGUGCUGACACAUGUGGCAGCAUGUGAUUCUUCAGCCAAUUCCAGCUGAAUUCUUUAAAAAUUUCAGAGAAGAAAAUUCUGCAACUUCUCUACAAAUGUGUUCCUUGCCUGUUUUUAGAAGUUGGAAGUAUUUGCUGAUAGGUAACCUAAGCCUGCUUUGCUGCAAGCUGCAUACUUCAAUGUGAAGAAGCCUUUCUCUGCUUUAUGGCAGCCAUUUGGAUACUUGACAACUGCUGUGGAGCUUCCCUCCACCACCAGCUUUAAUCUUUAGUCUAAUGCAAUACAAGUUACACACACACCAUGUUAACAGGAGAGUUCCUGUCCUUUCAAAGUGUGUACUUUGACUUUUCUUUCAGAAAAAAGGGCAGUUUUACUAAUUUACUUGCAAAACACCAUAUGAUUUCACUAUAUUAGCAGUAUCAAUCUUUAGAAAAAAGAAGGAAGGCAUAACAAUGUCAAAAUUGGUAGAGGUGGAUUAUUUGAAUUGAUGUUAGCUUUUAAAUCUAAACAGCAAGACAAAAACCAAGUAUUUGUUUGUUGGUAUUUCCAUGUAAUUUAGAUUCUGUCAAUAUUUAUUAAGGAAGAAUGCAAAUAAGAAAGGGAUUAAUUUGAAGUCAUUUUGUCUGCUUUGUGAAAUAAGAUAAAGAUCUGCUUAGGUCAGCCUUAUGUUCUCUCACGGUGGACUAUGAAAAGUUACAAGCAAGGCAUUAAAGUCGGGGCUUCUUGGAAAACUGUGCUGACACAUGCGGCAGCAAUGGGAUUCUUUAGCCGAUUCUGGCUAAUCUUCAAAAAUUCCAGAGAAGGAAAUUCUGCAACUUCUCUACAAGUGUGCUCCUUUGCCUGUUUUUAGAAGUAGGAAGCACUUCCACAUUCUAGGGUGGCUUCUGAACAUUUAACUGUCAUUACUAACUGUUGGGGAGGGAAACCAGUUCCAGCUGAAUGGAAUGAGUGAUCUGCUUCUCUGUUGCGGGGAAAAAUAUUCUGGCUUUUAUCAAGAAGUGUGUUGAACCUGUGUGUGUACGCAGUGGACUCCUUCCAGAAAGGAAACCCUUUCAACCUAACUUUUACGGUAGAACAGUUUGUGGGAGGUGUAAAGAUUAAUGGCAUUUGUUAGCAUGGAAUCUACAAAAGAUGACUCCUGCAUAUAUGGUUUCUUUGAUUUUCAAUAUCCUUUUAUUUGAAAAAUCAUGGCAGAAAUUUUUAUCCCUUGCUGAUUUUUAAGAAGUGAUAAUUUCUGUCAUGAUAGUGAUCAGUGCUAUAUAAACCUUAUCUCAAUUAAGAGAAGUAAGUCAAUAAAAGCAAAGCUGAAAAAGUCAGCUAGAAUUAGGUUUGGAAAGCAAUAUGGGUUCAAUAUAGAGUACAAGCCCUUUCUUCUCUCUUCUGCAGAUUUUUGUUCUGAUAACUGAGUAAGCACUUUAAAAAUGCCACUGUAGAUUUUUCUUUCUCUAAGGUACUUGUACAGCAGCUACCUCUGGAAAGUCAGGCUUAGAGAAAUUAACAGAAAUUAAUAAUUUCUCAAUUCUAGUUUGAAAUUUUGCAGUGUUGCAUGCAGUGCUUUUAAUUGGUUCUGUACGAGCCCAGUGCCUUGAGUGUGUCCUUGGAUUUUAUGAGAUAUAUAUAGGCAUAUUUAAUGAAACUAAAUAACUGAUGUAAUGUAUCUUUGUGGGGGGUGGGGUGGACUUCACCAGAACAAAACCUGUUUUCCUAGCACAUGAUCAUAUUUCCCCCAGAAACCUCAUGUUCUUAUUCUGCCCGGAAGAAGCUGCUCUAGGCUAUAUGCUUGGCUUUCCUGUACUGGUGGGGAAGGUCCUUGGAUGACCCCUGCCAUUUUUAUUAGCACUUCGCUUUAGUGACUGUGGCUUGAUACAGUGUAUGCCUCCCUUUUCUGCCCAGGAGUUAUUUGAUCGAUUUUUAUAUACCUUCUACUGUAUGUAGACAGCUGUUUCUAGAUAGUUCCUGCUGCUAAAAUAGACAGUUUAGCUUCUAGAGGUACAAUAUGUUUGGUGUACCCAGAUAAACCUACAGGGACUUGGAGGGGCAUGGCAUAGCAGACACUUCAAGCCCUCCUUUAAGACUAUCAUGCACACUCUCAAAAAUGUUAUUAAUAUAUGGUGAAUGCAUGACAUUGAGUCCCAACUAACCAGCCUUCCUCACCCUGCAGAUAUUCUGGACCACAGCCCUGAUCAGUCCCAGCUAGCAUGGUCAAUGGGAUAGGGUUCUUGGGAAUUACAGUUGAAAGCAUCUAAGAGCAUCAAGUUGGGGAAGGCUGCAAAAACCAUGGAGAAAUUCAUCAGUUCUUAUCCUAGAGCAUAUUUUCUUCUGCUUUUGAGUUCUGCUACUGAAACUGUUGAACUUCAGUGUAGUCAUCAUAAGGCCCACCUCCCAGGAUUCACUCUGGCCCAGCUCUAAGCUAGUACCAUAUGGUGAUUGUGUGAAGAGAUGAUUAUUCUAUAGAAAGGGACAGGAACCUUGGUGUAGGAAGGUCCUGGAAAGCUACACUUAGCCCUAAACUAGGUCUUCUGUUGCCUAGUAGUGAUUGUUGCAAUCAGUACUCAGUAAGGAAUUUAUAUGUUGCUUUCCCAUUUGCUAAAUUAUGGUAUAAAUAUGUACGAGAUGUGCAAAGCGCAAGAUGUUUUCAAAUACUUGUAGUGGAGCACAAUCUUAACUUCACUCAAGUGGUUCUGAUUAUGCAACUUUUUCAUACAUAUGUUGGUGGUAAAUUCGCUUUAGCCCUGUUAGUAGCAAUAGAACUGUUGUUUAGGAAUGCUAGUUCAGUAGCUGAAGAGUAGGACAGCAGUAAGAUGCCUUCAUAAAUCAAAGUUCUUGGAUAUUACAAUAUCUUCUUGCCAUCUGUUUCUACAGCAUGAUGGCUUUUUUCCUUUAUAAACUUUUAAAAUUGAAAACCAAAAUGGAGACAAUACUAUAGUAUCACCUACUGAAAAGCAAUGAAAUAUCCAAGCCAUAAAAUAAUAGGAAGAUUUUACAAGAUUUUAGACUGUGUAUGUGUGUGUGUGUGUAAAUCAUAGAUGUAUGAAAAAUAUUUUAAUAGAAGAAUGCAAACAAAGUGUAUGAUUAAAUCAGACUUAACUUUGCAGUUUUUUUAACACAACAGUGUACAAGUUCAAAAAACCAAAUGGAAUAUUUAAAAAUACAGAAAUUUACUAGAUAUUAAAACUAAUGAAAACAUCAAAGAAAAUAUAUUUAUACUUUUUCAUUAAAUGCAUUAAAUAUAUGGACACCUUUUCACUUCUAAACUUUACUUCUUACUAUGUAAAAUUCAGUGGCAACAAUAAGCCAUACAUCAAUAGUUUGGGUGCUAGAUAGUAUAUUUAAAAAGCAACUUGCUAUAAGGUUAACUAACCAUACUUUAUAAUUUCAAUAUUGAUAUAUUACCUAGAAUCAUUCAUAAAUAAAACAUUGACACCAGUAACAAUGAAAAAAAUUCUUGUGAGAAAACAGUGGUACAAAAAUGUACAUAUUGCAGUUCAUCUCUCCAUUUGAACCAUCAACUAAACUCAGAUGUGAGAAUAAAUGAAGGAGCAAUGAUCAACUUUGCCCAGGUGUCUCUUGAGUCAAUCAGACUGGGCAUGUCUCAGUAGCAGAGCACACAUUCUGUGUGCAGAAGGCCUCAGGUUUAAUCCCUGGAAUCUUUAGAUAGGGAGCUCUGUGUGAAUAAAAGAAUUCCACUUGAAAGCAUGGAGAGAUGCUGCCAGUCAGUGUUGGCCAUUUUGGGUUAGGUGGAUGAAUAAACUGGCUUGUAUAAGGCAGUUUCCUAAGUUCACGUGCAGCAAAAUAUUUUGAAGUACAAAUGUUGAGCUCAGCCUCAUGAAUAUGGUGGCAUUAAUUGUUCACUGUAGGCAAAAUGUUCUGUCAGUAUGCAGUUGAACAGCAAACUGGCAAACUUACUUUCAAAGGAGCAAAAUGGCACUUGGGCUAAGGCACAGGUCUAUCUAGAUUGUAAUGUUUAAAGCAAUAGUUGCAGGAUUUCAAGAAUCACACCAAAAUGAGUUAUCUUAGCCUAUUUGUGACCUUUGCUGUAGAUUGCCUUACAUCUGUUAAGAGAUAUUAAAUGUAACAAGCAUGCACAUUUUUUUAUUGAUGGGAUGAUCUAGUGCAAGCCCUGAGGAAGUAGAUAGAAAAAUAAUUUUUUACUUGUGGGACAUUAGAAGAAAAUGAUUUUAGAAAUAUUGUAAAAUGUUCAGUCCUUACUAAUGUAGUUCUGUCAAUAACCUACUAUUCUCUGCAUUCCAUCUCUAAACUAAUUCUGACUGAAAUCUGUAUCAGCAUCUGCACUUCAUUUUUUUCUUUUCCCAUGAAACUGCCUCUUUUCUCUGUAUUUCCCAAUGUACACAUCAAUUGUACUUACCAUCAGUUGCAAGCUCAGACAUGUACAGACUUCAGCUGCAAGUAUCCAAGUCCCUGUGCAGUCCAAAAGGUGCAAGCUGAGCAAAUACUUUAUAAAACAAACUGAAACAAUUUUCUCAUACAUCUCUAGUAAAUGGUCUACAUAACUGUGAAUAACCUCUGGAAAAACUGAUGACUAAAGGAAUACAUCUGAACCUUUGGGAUGAUUCUGUGCAUUCCCAAGAGUUCAGUGCAAAGAAAACGCUCAUGGAAAUAGAUGGAUAUCAGUCAUGUUCCAACUACAUUCAAAUCAGUUUUAGACUCACAGAAUUCAAUCUGCAGUGAUAGUAGGUAUUCUUCAGAAGUUUGUUCUACAGCGUACAAGUGACCUUGAUAAUGUGGAAGAGGCUAAGUGGGAGUACACUAUACCCACAAAUAGUCUACUCCCAGUGUCUGCCACACACAAGGUUAGGCUAUCAUGAUGGUCAUAUUUGGUGUGAUCAGUGGGGAUGAUAUGGCCACUGGGGACUCAUGUAGUCAUCAAAUUUCAGCAAUGAGAUUAAUUUCUUGGGAUCCAUGUUUCAAGCUGAACUGUGCUUGCAAGAAAGUGGUUGCACACUAUCAAGAUUACCUUGUGAUGUAUAACAAGCAAACUGCAAAAGAACCUAUUGAAUUUAAUUAGUUUCAUUUUAAGAGAAAAAUGUACAAAGUGUUCAUGAUUAAAUAUUUGGAAUGCACAGUUCUGUUGAUUAGAAUUCUUCAAUACAUAAUAGCAUCUUAUAGCAAAUAGUAUAUAACUACACUUCUGUUUUGUUCAAAGCAUAUUUUAAUAUUUGGAAACAAAUUCCUUGACCUCAAGCUACAGAAAUAAUACCAUGUGCAUAUGUAAAUAUUUAUAUUACAAAUAUGAAAAUGCUACCACCUUUACAUAGCUGCCAUCUUGAAACUGGUACAUUUUCAAAGGUGGUUUCAUAUUGUAAAUGGAACAUUUAGUUAAUAUCUACAAUCCUGCAAAAGGAUUAUAAUUUUAUCACAAUUUGCAGUUCAAAGUUGUGUCAGUUAGAAUCCUAACUAGAAGUCUUACCAUUUAAAAUGUGUAUUCUAUUUAUUUGUUUCUUCUGUGAAGCUUUCAUAUUAUAACUGAAUGUAGUUUCAAAAUACCUGUGGCUGCCCUUUAAGCAUCUUGCAAAAAAACAGUUUCACUCUGUUUCCUGAAAAAGAAGGGAGCAAGAGAAGAGACAAAUGAAUUCACUUGUUUCUACUUGGCCUUGUGAGAUGACUCUUUUAACCCUCAAAUGAGAUUGCAUUUUGUGAUGUGUAAGGGACUUAUUUACUGAUAGUUCCACAAUAUUUAACAUGCAUUCAUGAAAUGUGACGACAUGAAAUAUUUAUUUUCCUAGAAUGAUGAGCCUUACUGACAUCCAUAGGUUUCACUUCUGAUUUUAAAACUAUGGAUAACUGAACAGAAAAGUUUACAUGAAUGACAGGUGCACUUUCUGUUUAUGAAUGAGGGUUUGUUUGGCUUUUUUAGUAUAUGUUGAAUGCAUGUAUGAGGAUGUAGGGAAGAUGUUUCUUGGGCAAAACUUUUACUUGCUUUACAUUAAGUUAUAAAAAAAUAAAAGCAUAUCAAUUAAGCUAUUAA